UCCGUGCCACGUGACAAUGUUUACUUUAUCCCUGGACGAUCAGGUGGCCAUCGGCUGCACGGUGACUGUAACCGUCUGUGUGGCUGGCUGGCAGCAGAUGUUUCACUUACCUGAUUAAUCGAUACACAUGUCAAUAAGUGGCGGACACAGCUGAAUAAAAGAGAUGAGCAUCUCUAGGAACCCAGCCAGGGAUCUAUUGGACAACUAUGAUCUCAGUCUGGAACAGCAAAUUGUGGGACGGGGCUCCAACCUGGCAUGCAGAGAUGAGCAGCUGUGGAAGCAGGCGGAGGCCUUGCUGAAGGACGGAGAUGCUCAGGAGACACACUGCCUGGGUCUGGACCCACUGAGCGUGAUGGACGAGUCGCUCACAGCAGCAGCAGCAGCAGCCAGCGCAGGGCGAGUCCAAGCCAGAGGAGGGCUGCAAGGCCUGGCCAAAGCUUUCGAGGUCCUGGAGCAAGCAGCCUUAAACCUGUACCUCGGUCCCUGGAGGGACGAGUACAAAGUUGUCAAGAUGUACUCUGGUAUGUUCACCCACUGCAUCAAACCGGUGCUGUCGAUGCCACAGAUUGAGAAACUCUUUGGCCUGCUAGGAUACCAGCCCAGCUCGUCUCGGCACGAGCAGCUCCGUCUCCUGCCGCCCAGGGUCAGUCCUGCCUCUGUGGAUAAACUCCUCGCCUUGGCCUGUGCCUUCUUCCUCGCCCGCUGCGAGUGUCGCCUCCUUCAGGCGGCUCUGGGGAAGCACGUCGGGGAGGCCCAGUGGGAGCUGAGCGUGGUCAGGGAGAGGCAGAGAGGAAACAGCAUACAGGUGGCCCUGGACAACACCAAGAAGACUCUGGAUGUCAACCAGCCACUGAUGGAGCCGUUUGAUGGAGAAGUGGAUCUGUACACGGACGAGCAUGGUAACGGGGGGCAGAGGGAGGUGGUUGGUAAUGAGGACGAGAGUCCCCGCUCUCUGACCUGGGUGACUGCAAGCAGAGCAUCACCCUCUGCUGCCAAAACACACAGCAACGGAGUCAGGUCCUUGUCCACCUCGUCCAGCGCCGCCUCCGCUAGAGACAACGUCUGCGUCUCUACACUCAGCUGCCAGCUGACUAAGACGUCGCCACUGGAACCAGUGAUUACCAGAAGCUCCUCGGCCAGCGGGCGGCAGGACAGGCGUUCCUGGGAGGAGUCUAGCUUUGACGGAGCGGACUCACGGUCACGUAGUCUGCAGGGAGAAGCAACCGGGCUUUGCAGGAGCGAGGCUGAAGCCAACCACCUUUGCAGCUGUCUCCAAUCUUCUCCUCUUCGUCUUUAUGUCUGUGUUGAAUGCCACACCUUGCACAACAUGACCUGUGCCUUGUUCCAGACUUGCUACAUGGCCCACUGCGUUCUUCCCUACACUGACAAUAGGACCAAAGAGAUGAAAGAAUUGGCGCCACAGGAUGGCAGCCUCAGGGUGAGUGAUAUGGGCGCAUUGCCAACUCUCACCAGCAGCAGCGCAGCAAUGUCCUCCCUAUCUCUGUGUGACGACCCUAAGUCCAUAAUCCCAUCUCGUCAUCCAAUCAGCUACCAUGGCUGCUGCGACCUCGCCCAGCUGGACCCACAAGUCCUGUGUCUCAGCUGUGGCGUCUUCCACUCUGGUUCCUGCAGAGAGAUAGACUUCUGCCAAAACCACCACACAAUCAAGCCACUGGGAGUGUGCUCCUGUGGGAGGGCCUGCUUCAGAAAGCCUCUGGUUCUGUGCAGAUAUUGUGGAAACGAGUAUUGUAGCGAUUGUUGGUACAGAAAUCCUGUUGUGUGCACCUGCGGCCAAACCUUUGACCAGUCGUCUUCUGUGUGAUUUGUAUUUGAAAGGUAUUGCACUAAUGAGGCACAGCUAGCAAAAUCACAGUGCCUUAAAUCUGCGUACUGCAAACAGAAAUCCUUUUUUUGUUUAAAUCGAGUGAAAUAUAUCUAAAUUCAAAUGUUGCCUUGACACUACUGAAAUGCAGUAUUGAGUGUGCUCCAACUUUUCUGUUUUGGUCCUCCUUUCUGAGACUCUGAUCACUCUGUCAUCACGGGCACGUUCCAUCUCCCACCGUUGUGCACCGUGGGGCUGCCGCUUCCGGGUUCAAGGACACGGUUCCUCAGAGCGGUCUGAGCGUGUGCAACGAGCUUCGAGGUGGUCAGAGAUGUUACCCAAUCAGCCACGGCGUGUAUGGAAACUCGUAAUAAAAAAGCAGUGCACUGCACACACAGAAGGGUGUUCAACGCACCCCCUUUUUACAGUUAAA